AGGCGGGAGGGAGAGGCGAGGCGGUUCUCUUCUCGGCGGGAGUUGUCGGCAGCAGCGCCCUGCGGAGGCGCGACCCCGCAGGAGCGGAGAGAACAAGCAAGAACCCCAAAGUCAGUGCACCCAUCAAGUCAGCCACCUGGAAUCCACAGUUUCUCAUCUCCGUUCCAAAUCAGAGGAAGUGAAGAGGAAGUAUGAAAACCAGAUCAAAGACCUCGAGAAGCAGUUGCACCUAGCUCGCUCUGAGCCAGCAGAAGCUCACGCAGAACAGGAUCAAUGUGACCAAGAAUCUGGAAAUCUGAGGGACCAGAUUCAUCAGUCAUUGAUUAAGCUUCAUAAAAAAGAGAUAGAACUAAGCCUGGAAAAAGAGCAGAAAAAGCGAUUUUGGGAUCAGACCACAGAAAACAGCAUCACCAUGGACCAGCUCAGGAGACAGCUGGACAACAAAAACCAGCAGCUGCAGAGCAUGGAAGAGGCAGUGGAGGAAAUGAGGACGGAGUGUCACAGGCAAAUGGAGUGCCAGAUGGCUGCAAUUAAGGAAAAAAAUGAAAGCAUUGGAACAGUCUCCUCUUUGAGUGUCCAGCUGGAGGCAACCAAGGAAACGCUCCAUAAAGUUGAGGAUGACCUUGCAGCCAAACAGAUGGAGUUGAAGGCUGCUGGAAAAACAGUGUCAGGUCUGACAGCCUUUGUGCAGGAGAAGGAGAGAGCCCUUGGGGUUACCAGCCAGGAACUCAAGGAGCUGCACUCCCAGCUUGGCAGCAGGAUGCAGGAGCUCCAGCAUCUAAAGAAGGAAGAGGGCUGCUUACACAAGGUGCAGUCGGGUGUGAGACACCGAAACUGCAGGUGUUGGAGAAGGAAAGAAUCAGAUCUUCCAAAAGCAAAUUGA